UCCACGUGACCUUGGUUUCACCAUCCGAUCAACUCGAUACGAUUCUCCAUCUUUUCAGAUCAGCAUGUCAGUACACCCAGAGGUUCUGUGGGCUCAGCGCAGCAGCGCAUCAGACGAGGCAAAGAACGUCGUAUAUCUGACCGUCAACCUCCCAAACAUCGUCGAGUCUUCGCUAACAUGUGAAUUGGACUCAGAGCGUAUCAGUUUUGAAGCUGACGCUGGGAAUGCAGGUGUUCCUGUCAAACACUACGAGUUUUCUCUGCCUUUCUACAGCGAGAUUGUCCCAGAGCUCUCCACCAAACACCUCUCUGACCGCUUAUUUUUCAUUGUCCUCCGGAAGAAAGAAAAGCAAGAGGAAUACUGGCCUAGGUUAACAAAGGAGAAGGUCAGGAACGCCUUCAUUAAAACUGAUUUUAGCAAAUGGGUCGAUGAGGACGAGCAAGAAGGCGACAGCGGUCCAGUGGAAGACGAUUUUGGUAUGGGCGGCAUGGGCGGCAUGGGCGGUAUGGGCGGUAUGGGCGGUAUGGGCGGUAUGGGCGGUAUGGGUGGUAUGGACUUUGAGAAAAUGAUGAGCCAAAUGGGAGAUAUGGGAGGUCCGGGAAGUGGUGAUGAUGGAGGCGUUGGAGCUGAAGGAACUGAAGGAGCUGAUGAUGACAGUGGAUACGAUUCGGACGAUGGCCCACCCCCCUUGGAGGCAGUGGAACCUACAAAGUAGAUGCACCGCUCCGACCUGAAGUGUGUUAGCAAGCUAAGAGUCGAACAUAAAAUGUUGUGAUGUGUGCAUAUGGAUAGCUCACUGUGACCACCUAGUGUUAGUCAUUUCAUUGACAAUGCGGAG